GAUGUUCCUGUGUCGGCACAGCAAUUGCGGAAAGAGCUGUCGGACAGUUCAAAUUGCAGAAGAGUCCACUACAUGCCCUUCACAACCUUUAGUCAGUAACUUUAUAUUAGCUAAUUUCACAGUGUACUGGUAAAAUUGCACAAUGUACUGGGAAAAAUACGACUUUUGAAAUGGGAGUAUAGCGGCUGUAGGAGCAGCUCCACAGUAACUUACCUUAGCCUAGCUAAGGUGAGCUGAGCUGCUGAACUUGACCAGUUAAGAGUAGGUUUUGAUAUUAAGUUUGGCUAAGUUGAGUUUUUAUAAAUAAAGGUUUGCUUCCGCAUCCUAACAUGGAGUCAUUUGGAGCCAUUGGCACCGUUCUUGGAUGCUCUGCGGGCAUUGCGGUGGGUGGUCUUGUCUUUGCAGCCUACAAACUUGGCUUACUCUACCAGUUGUUUCACAAGACUGAGACGAAGAGCCCACGGCAUGGUGGCGAGAGCGUGGCAGAGGUGCUCCGCGCCCACGGGGUCAAGUACGUUUUCACCCUUGUCGGUGGACACAUCUCACCUAUCCUGGUGGCUUGCGAGAAGGUGGGCAUCCGCAUUGUGGACACCAGACACGAGGCCACUGCUGUCUUCGCUGCUGAUGCUGUGGCAAGACUCUCAGGCACUGUUGGUGUAGCAGCAGUGACUGCUGGCCCAGGCCUCACUAACACUGUGACAGCAGUGAAGAAUGCUCAGAUGGCUGAAUCUCCAUUGCUGCUCUUGGGUGGAGCUGCUGGUACACUGCUUCAGGGCAGAGGUGCGCUGCAAGACAUCGACCAGAUGUCUCUCUUCAAGCCGCUGUGUAAGUUCUGUGCCUCCAUCAGGACUAUCAGGGAGAUUGUGCCUACUGUCAGGAAAGCCCUGGCCAUCGCCCAGUCGGGAACUCCUGGUCCUGUUUUCAUAGAGUUCCCCAUCGACACGCUCUAUCCUUACCAUGUUGUGUCCAAAGAGUUUGGAGUUAAAAACCCUCCCAAAGGACUGAUGGGAAAAAUUGUCUCAUGGUACCUCAAUAACCACCUCAUGAACCUAUUUGCUGGAGCCUGGGAGACCAGAGAUGUGUCUCCGCUUCCUGUUGACAUCCCACAAGCCACGGACGAUCAGGUACAAAAGUGCAUAGAGCUGGUGAGUCGAGCCAAGACACCUGUUAUUCUGCUGGGUAGCCAAGCAACACUACCCCCAACUCCGGUUGAUGACAUCAGGAAGGCAUUGGAGGACCUGGGCAUCCCCUGCUUCCUUGGGGGCAUGUCCCGUGGCAUGCUGGGUAAAGACAGUCCCAUCCACAUCAGACAAAACAGGCGAGAUGCUCUGAAGGAGGCCGACUUGGUGCUCUUAGCAGGCACUGUGUGUGACUUCCGGCUGAGCUACGGCAGAGUUCUUAACAGACGCAGUAAGGUCAUCGCUGUCAACAGAGAUAAGACGCAGCUGCUGAAAAACUCAGAUAUGUUCUGGAAACCAACUAUAGCAAUUCAGGGUGAUGCUGGUUCAUUCUUAGUGCGGCUUUCCAAAGGCCUGAAGGGCCAUCGCUGUCCAGAGGAAUGGCCUCAGAGCCUCAAAGCAGGAGAUAUAACCAAAGAAGAUGCAAACAGGGCUAAAGCUGAUGAGAAGACUGAACACCACUUAAAUCCCUUGAAAGUUCUCCACCGUGUGGAUGAGCUGAUGGCGGAGGACAGCAUCAUUGUUGCUGAUGGGGGUGAUUUUGUUGGAAGUGCUGCUUACAUAAUGAGACCAAGAGGACCUAUGCGUUGGCUAGAUCCAGGAGCCUUUGGGACCCUGGGAGUUGGAGGAGGAUUCGCCCUGGGGGCAAAACUGUGCCGGCCUGAAUCUGAGGUGUGGAUAGUGUAUGGUGAUGGAUCCUUAGGAUACAGUGUUGCAGAGUUUGACACAUUCACCAGACACAAGACACCAGUUAUAGCUGUGGUGGGAAAUGAUGCAUGUUGGAGUCAGAUAUCCAGAGAGCAGGUUCCCAUACUCGGCAGCAAUGUGGCGUGUGGCCUUGCAUUUACAGAUUAUCAUAUAGUGGCAGAUGGUUACGGUGGUAAGGGCUACCUUGUAGGGCAUGAGGACAAGGACAGGCUAAGCGACAUCAUCAGACAGGUUCAGAGGGAGACCCAGGAGGGCAAGGCUACACUUCUCAAUGUUCUGAUAGGGAAGACCAACUUUAGAGAGGGUUCUAUCUCUGUAUAGAGCAGCUGUGAUUUCUUAACAGUGCAUUCCUCUUCCUUUAUCUUUGGCUCUUCGUAGAUUUUACUGUCAGGCUCUAUGAAGAAUUUCAGAGAAUAGGAAGAUACUGUUGGAUACUGAAUAGUGCCCAGCCCUGACCAGACCUAUGCUAAUCCUUUGUGCCCUUAAAGCCAUAUAUCACUUUGGUAAGAGAAAAUGACUUUACAGUUCAUGAACCGUCAGUUGCGAUAUCACUUAUUUCCCUCAUCAGACGAGUGAUAUCAGUAACAUAAAUCACACUAGUAAAACAUCUGCAAACACCAGAGUCAUGACUGAUAUUUCAAUAUUAAAGGGUGUUAAUAAACCUGCAGUUAUUAUUAUUAUUAUUAUUAUUAUUAUUCAUAGCCACUUUAUUACCAUAUAUUUAUUUUAGUUAUUUACUAUUAAGUUCUACUUAAGUAAAAUACUACAGCUCCAGAUCUGCCAGCCUAGAAACUUAAGCUUUUGUUGUGUGUCAUGCUACUUUCAGGUUCAUGUUGUGCUAUUUAAGAUAAUUGCUGCAUUUCAAGAAGGGAAAGAGGGAAAAGUAAGAAAAUCUUGCUUUGUUUAUGGAUUACCUCUUCAGGAGCUUGGGGUUAGAUUUUUGACCUUUAAACAGCCGAUUCUAACUUCAGAUAUUUCACAGUGACCGAAAAUCAUUCGUGAGAGAGAGCAUCGGUUUAAGUUAUCAAAUGCGACCAGUAUGCCUUCUCUCCUGUUAUCAAAUGAACACGGAGCCUUUUUAUGAGGAUACAUGAAAUCUUACAGCUGUAAUAUUCUUUAUCGGUUGAUAAUUUGGGAUAAAAAUGUGUUAAAUGGAAAAUAUUUUUUUGAAUGUCGAACAUUGACAAACGAUAUGCCUAUUAUUGUUUGAUUGUAUCUUCGAAAAUGUGUCUGCUGAUUCAGUUAUGUAUUGAAAUGAUAUUUAAUACUAACUUGUAUGCAUUGAUGUGGGCUAUCAUAUAAAAUAUGUCUAUACACAACA